UCUCUCUGGUUUUGCGAACUGUGAUAGUAGAUAGUAGUGUGACCUGUGACCUCACAGUUCCCGCGCGCGUUGAAGUAAAUUCCCCUCCCAUCCCGUAAUUAUUGCGCGCGUAGCUACUUCAGCGCUCGUCGGUUGGCCGUCCGCCGAGUCGCGAGUGUUUGAAUUCAUUGGCGACUUCAGGCAGUUGCCUGUCCAGCCUGUCGUCACAUGUUCGUAACGGAAGCCUCGCAUUUACUCGCAUUGUUAUUCAUAUUGGCGCGUAAUCGUUUAUUCGUUUCUCGCAUACGUUAUUCACGAUCUGUCGAUCGGUUCUGUUACGUGACGCGUCCAGUGAGCUGAUCUUUGAUUUCCUCGGACAAUCCGACGACGUGAUGGCAGCGAAAGCAGCAAAGAAAGCACCGAGGAAGAAAGGAGGUUAUCAAAUGCCCGAGCCGAUACCGGCCGGAGAGAUUCUCAGGGACAUAGCGAAGGGCCAGUGGAUCCUCGGCAAGUCGAUCGGCGUCGGCGGUUUCGGGGAGGUUUACUCUGCUGCGCCAUAUUCUGAAAAAAUUCCUAAAGAUUAUCCUAAUGUUAUAAAAAUUGAGCCACAUGGAAAUGGCCCGUUAUUUGUAGAAAUGCAUUUUUAUAUGAGAAACUGUAAGUCAGAUGAAAUUGUUAGCUGGCAGAAAAAAAAGAAACUUGCUGCGCUCGGAAUCCCUAGAUAUGUUGCUUCUGGAAGUCAUGAAUAUAAAAAUACAAAAUAUCGAUUUCUAGUAAUAGAUCGAUACGGAAAAGAUUUAUGGAAAAUAUUUGAGGAAAAUAACAAACAGUUUCCAGAACACGUAGUAUAUAAACUGGCUUUGCAAAUAAUAGAUAUAUUGGAAUAUAUUCAUCACAAGAACUAUGUACAUGCUGAUAUCAAAGGUGAAAAUUUGCUACUGGAUCUGCAUUCCUACGAUCAAGUCUAUUUAGUUGACUUUGGUUUAGCUUCUCGUUGUACAUCGAGCACUGAAUUAAAAGUUGACCCAAAGAAGGCACAUAAUGGUACUUUACAAUACACAAGCAGAGAUGCUCAUAUGGGAGUUCCAACACGUCGUGGAGAUAUUGAAAUUUUAAGUUACAACAUAAUUAUGUGGUUAUGUGGUUCGCUGCCAUGGGGAAAGUUACUUGAACCAGUUACCGUUCAAAAAGAGAAGGAAAAGGCUUUUAAUAACAUAGACAGUUUCUUGGCCAAGUGUUUUCAUGGAUCUGUUCCACAAGCUGUACAUAAAUUUAUGACUUUAUUAGCCAGUAUAAAAUUUAAUGAAACACCGUCUUAUGAAAAAUUGAAAGAAAUAUUAAUAGCUGGCAUAAAGAAACUGAAUCAUAAACCAGAUGGGAAAUUAAAAUUGAACAACAUUAGCGUGGCAACUCAACAAGCUACCUCUAAAUAUACUCCACAGAAAAUUAAAAAACCCGUAAAUGGAAUCAGAAAGAGUCCUCGUACGAAAUGUUUAGAUGUUCCAAGUGCAAACAUUCCUAUGGCAAACUCAAGAAAAAGUACUAUAGGUGUUGUAAUUGACAAAAAACGUUGUAAUAUAAAGGAUAUUGAGAAAGCAUUAGAUGAUAUGGAGUCUGAUGGUGAAUAUGAUAUACAAAUUCUUAAAAAAGCGAAAAAAGAAUCUACUGAAAAAGCGAGUCAGAUAACGAAGAAUACAGCUUCAUCACGUCGAAAAAAGAUUUUAAUCGAUUCAAUCAAAGAUGACUCUGAAGAUGAUUCUGAAGAUGAUUCUAAUAUAGAGCCGUCACCAAAACGUCCAAAUAAGACACAACGGAAAAAGCCGGUUACAAAUAAAACAAGACGAAAGAUCAUGUCUUCGAAUGAUUCAGAAACUUCUGAGCCUGAGAUUGUAUCAAAAGGAACAAAAUCAAGACCUGCUGCGACUGCUAGUAGGAGUAAGGUAACCAAUAGGAUGAAAUCCAAUAAAAGAAUACCUAAAAGUGAAACUCAUUCAGAUGAAGAUAUGUUUGACAUGUAGUUUCACGAAGAAUAAAAUAACAAAGUAAAAUUAUAUAUGGUAUUUUUACUGAAAAUGAAAUCAUAUAACUUGCAUUUAUA